GUUAUUCAUACUUUUUUGUUUAAUUUUUUAGAAAUAGAAAGUUCAAAAGUUUUAAUUAAAAAUAUCUUAUUAUCUAAUUUUUAAAAUAUCAACUAUAGCAAUUUUAAUAUAAUUAAUUGCCCUAGCGUCGAAAUAAACAAUAUUAUUAUAUAAAACUCUCUGAUACUUAAUCAGAUAAUUUAAUUUUCAUAAGUUAAGAACAUUAAAAUGACCAAUUUUUAAUUUAAAGCUCAAGUUAAAAAUGACAAAGACUAAUUUUAAAUAGAUUUUAACAAUAAUUAUUAUGGAUUACUUUAUGCAGAAAAUUUAACUUAAAUUGUAAUUGAAGAAACUUAGUUAAAAAAUGCUUUUGCAAUUAAUUAAGGAGGUUGUCUAUAUUUAUCUAAUAAAUAUGACUAGCUAAAAUAAACAUUUAUUACUUUAAGAAAUAGCUAUUUUUAUAAUUUUUAUAGUACUUAUUUUGGUGGAUGUAUUUAUGGUGGUUAAAUUGCUUUGAUUGAAAAUGCUGAAUUUAAAUAUUGCUCUAGCUAUGUUGGUGGUGCUUUGUAUAUUUCAAACUAAUCUGAUUAAGAUGAGCUCAAUAAAAUUACAUUUGAAGAAAAUAAAGCUGAAUUAUAUGGUCAUAACUACAGCUUUUAUAUUCAGGAUAUUUUCGUUACCAAAGUUUACGAGUACAACCCUUAGAAUGAAUUAUAUUCUCGCUCUUUAGUUUAAAAUAAAUGA